AUGGAUAAUCAACCCCCAAGGCAUGGAAGUUCAACUUUUGGUCAUAGAGUGCUUCAUCAUGAUCGUGAAGAAGCAGAUCGAAGAUUAUGGAAUGAUUAUUUUUCAGAGUAUCCAAAAUAUUCUGAAGCAAUGUUUCGUAGACGAUUUCGAAUGAGUCAAAAUUUGUUCCUACGAAUUGCCAAUGCUGUUAAAGGCCAUGGCAACUAUUUUGUGCAACGGAAGGAUAGAAUCGGUAGACUGGGCUUAUCUACUUUACAAAAAGUUACAUCGGUGUUUCGAGUUUUGGCGUAUGGAAUACCAGCAGAUGCAACAGAUGAAUAUAUCCAGAUUGGAGAAUCAACUACAAUUGAAAGUUUGAAGAGAUUCUGUCGAGCAGUUGUAGAGGUCUUCGGGGAGCGAUAUCUAAGAGCACCUGAUGCUAAUGAUGUUGCACGGUUGCUUCAAAUUGGCGAAAAAGCAUCUUAUUUGUUUUCAAAUCUUGCAAACGGUAUAGCACCUCCUUGUCAUUAUGUUAUUCAAGGACAACAGUACAACACUGGAUAUUAUUUAGCAGAUGGUAUAUAUCCAAAAUGGUCUACAUUGGUACAAACAAUUCAUGAACCUCGAGGGCCCAAAAAGAAGUUAUUUGCGAUGAUGCAGGAAGCGUGUAGAAAAGACGUAGAACGUGCAUUUGGAGUUCUCCAAUCACGAUUUUCAAUAGUCAAGGGACCGGCACGUUUUUGGGAUAAAUGUGUAUUGCAUGAUAUAAUGUCAUCUUGCAUUAUAAUGCACAAUAUGAUCAUUGAGGACGAACAUGAUGAGCAAGCAGAUAUACAAGGUUGGAAGGAAGCACCGACUCCUGAAGUUGAUAUAGCUAGAGAUGAGAAUAUUAUAUUUCAAGAAUUCCUUGCUCGGAAUAGACAAAUUAAAGAUAAAGAAGCUCAUUAUGCACUCCGUAAUGCAUUGAUUGAGCAUUUGUGGGAACGAUAUAGUAAUUCCGAUAAUUAAAUGUACUAGAUGUUGUAUGUUGUAUUAUUAUUGUGGAAUAAAUUAAAUUUUCAAAA